AACCCAACGAUCUGAGCGCGCUAAAUUUCUUACAAUAUACAGACGUAAAUGUUUUGAGUAUCGCUGAUAACUAAGGUGCCACGCUUCACUGAGCUUCGAUUCAUCAGCGAUGUCUACAACCAAAAUGGGAACCAGGAAACGAUUAUCCGAAUCUGAUCUCGCCAAAUCGGACAAGAAAAAACAAGCUGGAGAGAAUUUCGAGAUCGAUUUUGAUCUCUCCGAUGAUCUAAAAGGAAUUAUGUCUGCACUGCAUCAUAUGCGAGAGAAGGCUCAGAAGGACGAUCAGAAGAAGAACGAAGAGACAAUAAGCAGCGUAGCAGCUGAGAUCAAGUCUAUGAUUGAGGAAUUGAAGUCCAAACUUGAGAAGGAUAGACAAAGUUUUGCUAAGGCACUUUCAAAGAGUUCCAAAGACUGUGAGAAUUCCUUGAAGGAUGAAACCGCGAAGUUUCAAUCACUAUACGAGAAAUUUUCCAAGGAGAAAGCGACCCAUCUACAGGCCUUGAAAGAUAUUUUCUCUAAAUUUGAGGAAGAGAAGGAAAAGCUGUUCUUGAGAUACGAACAACUGAGAAAGAAGGAAAGAAAUAUGAUAUCUGAACAAGAAAAGGCCUGUAAUGAUAGAAUUGCCAAACUGGAGGAGUCCUUGAAAAAGAAGAAACAGGAUGAUAAAACUUUCAGCAUUUUGAGAAAAACUCUUGGUUCGUUUUUGGAUAGUGCCUCAGAUGAGGAUUUUCCACCUGAUGAUUGAAGACUGCCACAAUACUAGGGAAAUCUUUGGUUCAGCCUCUGACUUGUUCGUUUUACUUGGAUAUGUAAUUAGAGAUAAACUUUAGACCGAACCAUUUUUCUUUGUUAAAUUCCUCCCACUUGCCAUUAGAUUCUGAAUUUAUAGUUCUCAGUAACGGAAAUUCAAUAUCUUAUACGUGCUUAUUCAAAGACCUUUUC